AGAGCGAGAGAGAGAGAGAGAGAGCGAGAGAGAGAGAGAGAGCGAGCGUGUAGUGGGGAGCCGCACAGCUGCGCAAGAUUUUUUUUAGAAAUCCUUUGAUGCUUAUUUGUUUUUUUGCCUUCAUUGAUGGAGUAUCAUGUGCCACAUGUGUAACACUUAUAGAUUAGAAAGGCUGUCGUUCUGGUGUUUGACGAGUCGACCUGUCGACAAGAGGAAAAGUCUCUCUGUGCUGUAUGGUGCUAACAGCAUCCCUGCGGUUGCCCUAGUGAGCGGAGGAUGCUGCUGCCUGGCGCUCUGAUGAUCAGGGAGGCGAUGCCGACUGCCUUACCCCGCGCUCCGCCAUUUAACCUCCAUAUUCUAACCUGUAUUUCUGUCUAGUCUCGCUGUCGGUUCCUCGGUGGCAGGCAGAACAGCCAGGAUUGCGUUAGAAAUAGGAAUGCAGCCUUAACUGUGUGGCUCGGUCCCAUCGUCUAGGUUCUUAUUCCGUCGCGACUGGGGGAUUCUGUCUCCCGUUCUGGGUUUUUUUAAUGACUGGAUUUGUGUUUUGCUGCGCGAUGUACAUGGAUAAAACCAGUGUGCUCCGGGGCCCGUCCUCCUCCAGUCCUCGGCUGAUGACUAAGAGCCUAUCCCUGGAGCCUGGUGCUCACGGUGCAUGCCUCGGGGCCCACGACGACGACUCAGACACCCGGACCCCUCGCCUCAGCUCAGACCCCGGCCCCCAAACCUCCGGGCCCCUGGGUCUGCAGCCCCCCAGGGCCCUGCUGCACCCCGCUGGACACGGCUGUAAUGGAGGAGAAGAUGAGAGUGGAACUCCUCAAGAAGAAGUGCCCUCCACCGCCCUCAAGACACGUCCUCCCUUACCUGGGCCUAAACCACAAGUGCCCCCAAAGCCUCCUCACCUGCUGCAGAGUGCUGGUGCUGCUAGGCCACGCCCCCGUGCCCCGGACAAGCCCCUCCCUCUGCCUCCACCCUGUAGACCUCUGCCUGCAGAUCCCAGAGGGGGAGGAGCCAGCCAACCCCCAACACUCCCCCGCGCUGAGGGAAGCUCCUCCCCCACCUCAUGCGUGCUCUCCCUCAUCGAGAAGUUUGAGAGGGAGCAGAUCAUUGUGGUGCCUGAUAUCACGGGAGGGGGUCUCUGCACCCCCAGGGUCCUCGAGACAGGACCAGGAGGGGGCACCUUCUCUCCCCCAGCCUCAGAGCUCCCUCUGGGCUGUCUCCUCGUGGCCUGGCCCCCUGGUUCCUCUCCAGACCUCCAGGAGCUCCAGGACCCACCUCAGCGGCUGGCUAUGUUGGCUGAUGUGGUGCUGGGGGAGACGGAGGUACCAGAGGAUGACAAUGAUAAUGAACUAGGAGCGUUGUGCUCUGCCUCUGACAAGCGCCUGUCCAUGGAGUCUGGCUACAGCGCCUCGGAGAGACUCACGGAUACCAUGGAGAUGAGGAAGCAGGCGGGGUCAGAAUCAGAGAGCCGAUCAGAGAUCCCCUCCGACCACUUGUCCCACCCCCAGCCGCAGACGGACGGCAAGCUGGCCAAUCGGGACUCUGGCAUCGACAGCAUCAGCUCUCCGUCCCACAGUGAGGAGCUGUGUUUCGCCGGCGACGAGGACCGCGUAAUCUACCCCUGUAGUCCCGCCCUCACACUGCCACGCCUCUCUAGCUCCUCCUCCUCCGGUUAUGCCGAGGGUCCGGGGGGAGAGGGGGCAUCGGCUGAGGGGGGGAGGGAUUCGGAGGGGGACAGUGACUUGGAGGAGGGGAGUGGGGACGAGACCAUUGAACUCAUCAACCCCAUGAUGGAUCUGCAGCCAUUGGCCCUGCCUCAAACAAACAGACAGGACUCUACAGAGCUGUCGGUGCAGCAGCGUGUGUUCAACAUAGCCAAUGAGCUCCUCCACACAGAGAAGGCCUACGUGUCUCGGCUGCACCUCCUGGACCAGGUGUUCUGCUCCUCCCUCCUAGAGGAGGCGCGCUCCCGCUCCUCCUUCCCUCUGGACGUGGUCAUGGGUAUCUUCUCCAACAUCUGUUCUAUAUACUGUUUCCACCAGCAGUUCCUGCUCCCCGCCCUGGAGAAACGCAUGGAGGAGUGGGAUUUGAACCCGCGCAUCGGGGACAUCCUGCAGAAGCUAGCCCCCUUCCUGAAGAUGUACGGGGAGUACGUGAAGAACUUUGACCGGGCCAUGGAGCUGGUUAACACCUGGAUGGAGAGGUCGUCCCAGUUCAAAGCCAUCGUCCACCACAUCCAGAGAGAGGAUCGCUGUGGUAACCUGACCUUACAGCAUCACAUGUUGGAGCCGGUUCAGAGGAUCCCUCGCUACGAGCUGCUGCUGAAAGAUUACCUGCACCGCCUACCUGACGACCAUGAUGACUUUAAACAAGCACAGAAAUCUCUGGAGUUGAUCGCCACGGCUGCAGAGCACUCCAACACAGCCAUCAGAAAGAUGGAGCGUAUGCGGAAGCUACUGAAGGUGUAUGAGUUGCUGGGAGGAGAGGAGGACAUUGUUAACCCUACUAACGAACUCAUUAAGGAGGGACACAUCCUCAAACUGUCGGCCAAGAACGGCACCUCGCAGGACAGAUACCUCAUACUGUUCAAUGAUAGAUUAUUGUACUGCGUCCCUAAACUGAGGCUGAUUGGUCAGAAGUUUGGGGUGAGAGCAAGGAUCGACGUGGAUGGGAUGGAGCUGAAGGAGAGUAGCAGCGUUAACGUCCCCAGAACCUUCCUGGUGUCCGGAAAACAACGAUCACUAGAACUACAGGCCAGGACUGAAGAAGAGAAGAAGGACUGGAUCCAGGCUAUCCAGGCCACCAUUCAGAGACAUGAACAGACGCUAGCCACGUUCCACCAUCUCAACUGCUCUCUCCGAGAUGAGGACUACACUCCUCCCAACUCACCUAAUUGUUCCGAGCUGGGGAAGCGUGCCCCCACUCCGAUCCGUGAGAAGGAGGUGACUUUGUGUAUGAAGUGCCAGGAGCCGUUCAACUCCAUCACCAAGAGACGUCACCACUGCAAAGCCUGUGGACAAGUGGUGUGUGGAAAGUGUUCAGAGUUCAGGGCCCGUCUGCUCUAUGACAACAACAGGGCUAACAGGGUGUGUAUCGACUGCUAUACCACCCUAGUGGGGGUUCCCCCCUCCCCCGCCAGCCUGACCUGCAGCAUAAACAGACGACGGUCAAUACUGGAGAAACAGGCGUCGGUAGCAGCAGAGAACAGUGUGUUGUGUAGCUUCCUUCACCACAUGGAGAAGGGAGCAGGCAGAGGCUGGCAGAAAGCCUGGUUUGUCAUCCCAGAGAACGAACCACUGGUGCUGUACAUAUACGGUGCUCCUCAGGAUGUGAAAGCCCAGCGCUCUGUACCCUUGAUUGGCUUUGAGGUCUCCCUUCCUGAUUCAUGUGACCGCCUGGAACGCCGCUUUGCCUUCAAAAUCAGCCAAUCACACCUUACUCUCUACUUCAGUGCCGAUGGGGAGGAGCUACAGCGCCGCUGGAUAGAGGUCCUAUCACGCGCAGGGAGAGGGGAGGAGCUACAGGCUCACGGUUCAAUUACAGAGGCCCUAGAGGAGGAAGGGGAGGAGACUGCAACCUCGGGAGAGAAUACAUGAUUGGUUAGGAGGCGUACAAUCAGUAUUAGAUCAUCUGUUGUCUAAAGACACAAACUACAAACUGUACAGAACAUGAGCAGCACACACACACACACACACACACACACACACACACACACACACCUCUGUAUUUAAUGUCAGUGAUCAGUCAGUUGCAUGGUAAUAUCUACAGGUCCGUUUCUCUCAGUCAGUGUAUUGCUCAUCAUCUUGUCAGUGAACCAGUGUUUGCAACAAAAAAAAAAGUAAAGUGUUGCUCUCCUCCUCCUUUCAGAAGAUAUAUCAGAAGCUGAAAUGCAGUAUACGAAGAUGUGUGUCACAGUGAAUAGCUUCCCUCCAGUCAGACGUUGACAUUGUGUGUCACAGUGAAUAGUUUCCCUCCAGUCAGACAGACAUUUUACAUCUGAGAACAGACUUCCUCCUCCUCACCAUUUCUCUCUUUGCCAAAUCAAUGUUGACAAUAUGAUGUUUAUAGCAUUGAGUGGUUGCUAUUCUGUCUGAGUGUUCUAUGGUCCUGAGUGUUCUAUGGUCCUGAGUGUUCUAUGGUCCUGAGUGUUCUAGGGUCCUGAGUGUUCUAUGGUCCUGAGUGUUCUAUGGUCCUGAGUGUUCUAUGGUCCUGAGUGUUCUAUGGUCCUGAGUGUUCUAUGGUCCUGAGUGUUCUAUGGUCCUGAGUGUUCUAUGGUCCUGAGUGUUCUAUGGUCCUGAGUGUUCUAUGGUCCUGAGUGUUCUAUGGUCCUGAGUGUUCUAUGGUCCUGAGUGUUCUAUGGUCCUGAGUGUUCUAGGGUCCUGAGUGUUCUAUGGUCCUGAGUGUUCUAUGGUCCUGAGUGUUCUAGGGUCCUGAGUGUUCUAUGGUCCUGAGUGUUCUAGGGUCCUGAGUGUUCUAGGGUCCUGAGUGUUCUAUGGUCCUGAGUGUUCUAUGGUCCUGAGUGUUCUAUGGUCCUGAGUGUUCUAUGGUCCUGAGUGUUCUAUGGUCCUGAGUGUUCUAUGGUCCUGAGUGUUCUAUGGUCCUGAGUGUUCUAUGGUCCUGAGUGUUCUAUGGUCCUGAGUGUUCUAUGGUCCUGAGUGUUCUAUGGUCCUGAGUGUUCUAUGGUCCUGAGUGUUCUAUGGUCCUGAGUGUUCUAGGGUCCUGAGUGUUCUAUGGUCCUGAGUGUUCUAUGGUCCUGAGUGUUCUAUGGUCCUGAGUGUUCUAUGGUCCUGAGUGUUCUAGGGUCCUGAUUAUUCUAGGGUUCUGAGUGUUUUUAACUCCACAGAAGACAGUAGAAGUCUGAUGAUACACUACAGUGCUGUUUCUGUUUCCUCAAUAUGAAAUGGCUGUUGUUUGGAUGGGAAGGUUGUCGUAUCCUAUCAGUUACUUCCUUCCUGAUGCAAUGAGAUGGUCCUGAAGGGCUGGACUGGACAGUGUUGGAAUGUGAUGAUGGAUGAGGGCUAACUGAGACAGACAGACACACAGACAGACAUUGUCAGAUAGACAGACUGUAGCUCACAGUACAGAUGGCCCCCCUGGCUAAAGAGGGAACAAGAUGUCCGUCUGCUACAGCUGCCUCCUCUCUCCCACCCAUGCCUGCUGUGGGGGAUGUGAAGCUAUAUCCUUCCACAUAUGCUGUGGGGGAUGUGAAGCUAUAUCCUUCCACGUCAACUGUGGGGGAUGUGAAGCUAUAUCCUUCCACGUCUGUUGUGGGGGAUGUGAAGCAAUAUCCUUCCAUGUCAACUGUGGGGGAUGUGAAGCAAUAUCCUUCCACGUCUGCUGUGGGGGAUGUGAAGCAAUAUCCUUCCACGUCUGCUGUGGGGGAUGUGAAGCUACAAACUUCCACAUCUGCUGUGGGGGAUGUGAAGCAAUAUCCUUCCACGUCUGUUGUGGGGGAUGUGAAGCUAUAUCCUUCCACGUCUGUUGUGGGGGAUGUGAAGCUAUAUCCUUCCACGUCUGUUGUGGGGGAUGUGAAGCAAUAUCCUUCCACGUCUGUUGUGGGGGAUGUGAAGCUAUAUCCUUCCACGUCUGCUGUGGGGGAUGUGAAGCAAUAUCCUUCCACGUCUGUUGUGGGGGAUGUGAAGCUAUAUCCUUCCACGUCUGUUGUGGGGGAUGUGAAGCAAAAUCCUUCCAUGUCAACUGUGGGGGAUGUGAAGCAAUAUCCUUCCACGUCUGCUGUGGGGGAUGUGAAGCAAUAUCCUUCCACGUCUGCUGUGGGGGAUGUGAAGCUACAAACUUCCACAUCUGC